CUUCUGUUCCUUCCUCCUCCUCGGCGUUGGCGGCGACUGCAGCAACCGCACCGGGCGGAGGCGACCAACCACCGCUUCCGUCGCCAUCGGACUGGAUGGUGACAAGUUCGCCACUCCCGAGAAUGACUAGAAGCAGCAGCACCACCAAUAUUGUAUUGUAUUGUAAGACUUGCGCCUCGGUUUCUUGUUUAAAAAAGAUAGGAGGAAGAUGAGAGUGUUGCCGACGCCUCGCCGAUGCGGGCUCAGAUCCAGCAGGCGCUUACCCACCACAGCAGCACCCUAUGCCGUCGCUCUCCACCUCCUCCGCGCCGGCGACCCACCAGCUCCGUCUCUGGUGGCGCCGCCUCGGCCGCCGCGGGGCCGCUGGGGCGGCAUUCGCCACCGCGCUCCUAGCCGCCGCGCUCUUCCUCACCCUCUCCCGCUACGCCGCGGUCCCUGCGGAUUCCACCUCUUCUCCCCCAUCCUACGGCCAUCGGCUCCCCACCCUCGUCGAGCUCACCCUCGUCGACGGCGCGAAAGACAAGGGCGCCGUGUGCUUGGAUGGGACGCCGCCUGGGUACCACUUCCUGCCAGGAUUCGGGGACGGAUCCGACAAAUGGCUCCUCCACCUAGAGGGUGGAAGCUGGUGUCGGAGUUUUGAGUCAUGUGCUCGACGUAAGAAAACAAACCUCGGUUCCUCUGCCCACAUGGAUAGGCGUGUAGAGUUCGUCGGCAUCCUCAGUGACGAUGAAUCUCAGAAUCCAGAUUUUUACAAUUGGAACAAAGUGAAAAUAAGGUAUUGUGACGGUGCAUCAUUCUCUGGAAAUGUCGAAGAUGAAGUCAAGAAUGGCACAAGUUUCUUCUUCAGAGGCCAGCGUAUCUGGGAAGCAGCCAUGGCUGAACUUCUGUGGAAGGGGCUAGCCAGGGCUAAACAGGCUUUUCUUACUGGAUGCUCGGCUGGUGGUCUUUCUACGUACAUUCACUGUGAUGAUUUCCGAGCACUUCUACCAAAGACGUCUACUGUCAAGUGCCUCGCAGAUGGUGGAUUUUUUCUUGAUGUAGAAGACAUUUCUGGAAGAAGGUAUAUGCGGAGCUUCUAUAAUGAUGUUACUCGGCUACAGGAUGUGCGUAAAAGGUUCCCUCAUUGCAGUUCAGAUAUGGAACCAGGGCAGUGCUUUUUUCCACGGGAAGUUGCAAAAAGCAUCACCACACCAAUGUUUAUACUCAAUCCGGCAUACGAUGUUUGGCAGGUGGAGCAUGUCUUGUCUCCAGAAGGAUCUGACCCUCAAAGUUUGUGGCAAAACUGCAGAAUGGAUAUUACAAAAUGUAGUUCGAAACAGCUUGAAAUUCUCCAAGGUUUUAGGAAAGCACUGCUUGAUGCUAUAAGUGAGUUCAAGAAUAGAAUAGACUGGGGUAUGUUCAUUGACUCCUGCUUUAUACACUGUCAGUCAAUGAAUGCUUUGACUUGGCAUUCCCCAUCAGCUGCUAGAAUCAACAACAAGACCGUUGCUGAAGCGGUGGGAGACUGGUUCUUCAAUCGGAGAGAGGUGAAGGAAAUAGACUGCGAAUAUCCCUGCAACCCGUCAUGCUACAAUAAGGUUCUUGAUGAGCCCUACAAGGAAGACUGACACUGUUGUCUGUUGUAGAAUUUUGGUGAUUUUAAGUGCAAUUCAUUCUCCAUGAGUUCGUAUUUGGUCAAUUGAAUGUGAUCGUUAGCUCAGCUUUGAUUCAGACCUGUACUUCAGACCUGUUCAAAUAUAAGAACAUUUAUUAGAAAAAUACUCUUCUUUC